AUGAAGCGCUACGACAUCGACAAGAACGAGAUCGGCUCGGGUGGAUACGGAAAGGUCUUUGUUGCCCGGGAUCGCACGAUGCGGGAUCGGAUGGUCGCCAUCAAGAAGGUGAUCAUCUUCGAGGAUGCAAAGAAGAAGGCCUUCUUACAGGAGGCUCAGAUCAUGAAGGAUCUGGACCAUCCAAACAUCUGCAAGCUCCUGGAGACUUACGAGCAAGGGCGCUUCAUGUUCUUUGUCAUGGAGUACUGUGAGGGACGUGAAGUAUUUGAUCGGAUUAUGGAGCAAGGCUUAAUCCAGGAGUCGACCACCGCAGAGAUCGUGCGCCAGGCCGCAAGUGCGCUCCUGUACGCUCACAACAGAGGCAUCGCGCAUCGAGACAUGAAGCCGGAGAACAUCU